GGCAGUGGAGUUUAUGAGUCAUAGUAACCGAGUGGAUCAAUGUCUUGAAUCUAUUAUUGUGAGAGAUAGGAACUGGACUCAAUGUUUCAAACAGCUUGUAAGUUGUCAGAUGUAACUAGUCUUUAAUGGCCCAACUGUGAUCUAGGACUAAUGGACUGACAGUGGAAGAGAAAAGUUGCUAUGGUAACCGGAAGUAAAAUGUCUUUCUGUUUCAUGAAAAGCCCAUCAUUCACCAACAGUUGUCCUCUGAGACCUGGGUUAAUAGUCUGGACUGAAUGUUGCCCAUCGCAUACAUUCCAGGAAGUGUAGCUUGUCUCAAACUAAUUGCAUCUGCAUCAUUGACACCGUCAGUCUGCAUUAAAUGCUCAGCAAUUAAAAAAAAUUAUUCAAUUGAAUUUGGGUUGGUGACAACUGACCACAUCUGGAAUUGGUUAAGGUAGCUGGCCAUCCAUCAAUCCACUUUCACUUUCUGCCUCUGCCUGGACUGGCCUCUUGCUCAGUUUUCACAAUCGAUGUGUAAUCUCAGGUUACUGACUGCCCUCCCGACCAAACAUUUCAAACCAUCCACAGACUCAUUAUUUCUCUGUCCAGAAUUUAAUGGAUUGUUAAUGGGUCUCAUCACUUAAAUGUGCAGUACGUUUUGCCUCCUCUAUUUUCCCAAGCCAAUACAAUAUUCUGUACAGCUGUCAGUGUGCAUUAACUACAAAUUCUUUGAAUGGGUUAAAUAUAGUAAAAUAUAGCUUUGCAAGCCGAAGCAUAAGGGGAGUGCCAAAUCAUUUCACGUGUAAUAGAAAUGUCAACCGGACGGAAGGCAAUGCUUCAAGAAAAUGUCUUUGGUCCAAAGGGAGAACGCUUGGUCCACGUUUUGCCAAUUCAGGUAUCUGAAGAAAAUGAAGAUUACUGCUUGUGCAUUACAGUCACCAGAGACGAGGAGGUGUAUAUUACUCUAAUGAAAAUCAUGAAUAAAGGCCUUAAAGAGAUGUACAUGAUUCAGGAUGUCUGGUACCUGGAAGAUCUAACACUGGUAGAUGGAAAAGAUGCAACCUCAGAUAACCCACACCUCGACCUACAUUUUCAAACCGUCUGCAGCUGGGAAGCUAGUAGCACUGCUGCCAAGUACGCUUUUGUAAGAAGCUUACGAAAAGUGAAUAAAGUCUACCUGCAAAAGGAUAUUCAGUUUCUGAACUUUGACAGCGAUUUUAUCCAAGAAAUGAAUUUCUUUGGUGUACCGGAGGACACACUGUUGGUGAUACAACUGUGCUUACAAGCCUUCAACUGCAUCUGCCUUCUGGGUUCUUUGUAGGGAGGUGUUGUAUAUAUUCUAUGGCUGAAAUCUCCAACAUUACCAUUUAGCACAGUAUUAAAAAUUAUUUUGCUAGAUUAACAAAAUAUUAUUUCAAUAAAACAUGCUUCUUACAGUCAAAAUGUGAGCCAUUGAUAGUCUUUAAAUGAACUGAAAGCAGAAAGAUAUAUUAUUUUAAAGCCUCAAAAUAUAUACUUUCAUAUUGGAAUUAAAAUCCAACAAUCCAGGCAUUGUUCUUGCUAAAUCUAGAGCCACAUUAUUUGCCAUAUAUCAGCUUGGUAGAUACAUACUUUGACAAUAAUGAGUAACAGCACCUCACCUUUUUACAUGUGGGGUAUGUGCUUGAAAAACAGCUCGUAAUUUAAAAAUGCGUAAAUUAAACCUAUGCUGCCAGUAGUGAAUCUGAGUGCGUUAUUCCAAAAAUACAAACGUGCAAAUCAAACCUUACUAAUUAAAGGAUCAAGGGCGUUAUUUUAAAAUGCAUAAAUUGAACACGCAUAAAACGAAAGGUGCAUGUGGUUAACUACUCAAAGGAAUCAACUCCUGUUAAUAAAGGACCUGUCCCACUUGGCUGUCUUUCGCGCGCCAUUUACGCGACCUGCUAGCGUGGGGGUAGCGUGUGGGUAGCGUGUGGAUAGCAUGUGGGUAGCGCGGGACGGACGCAUGGAGUGGUGUGGAGUGGCGUGGAGGAGUGUGGACUUCGUCCUGCACUAAAUCUUCGUACGCCAACGGCCUGUCGCAUAACUGACGGCCAAAGUGGGACAGGCCCAAGACCCUGGCGCGACGCAACGUCUCACCUCCAACGUCAGCAGAAACAGGCAAACGAUCAUCGAACUCAGCCUGGGGCUCACGGCCAUUGCGGAUCCGGUCCACCCCCAUUUCUACUCCCAGAGCGGGGCCAAGAAAAUUGAAGAUAGACACAAAAUGCAGGAGUAACUCAGCGGGACCGACAGCAUCUCUGGAGAGAAGGAAUGGAUGACAUUUUGGGUCAAGUCCUUUCUUUCAGACUGAAGAAGAAACAUCAUCCAUUGCUUCUCUCCAGAGAUGCUGCCAGUCCUGCUGAGUUACUCCUGCAUUUUGUGUCCAUCUUCAAAUGACGUCACGUGCUCCAGAUGGCGCAUGAUGGCACGCGUGACUCUCGCGGGACCGUCGCGCCUCAACCGUCGCAUCAAACCAAACGAGACAAGGAAAACCCCUAGAAUGCAGACUAAACACCACAAAUGCAAUAUGUUUACCAAAUGCCAUGGAUCAAAAGAAUGUUAGUCCGUCAUGUACUUUAUUUAUGCUGAUGCAACUAAGUGAGUAUUCAACUCCAAAGAUCAGUGAAUCGUUAAUGCAUGCUAUCUUUGCUUUGGGUGUGGUGAAUUUUUAAUCUGUAGAUCGUAGAUUUACAUUUCAUUCCAUGAAAUGAUGACAAGAUCUGGGCGAACAAGUUGAUAUUCUGCUGUAUUUCAGAUGCAAUGUUUUCAAAGGUUUUUAAAGAUUGGAAAUAAAUGUUGCUUUUUGCUGGGACCCAUGUGCUGAAAUAAAGAGGAGGGAGAACUAAAGACAGAUAUGACAGAUAAGAAGUUGGAUCUAAAUGUUGUCAUGGGAAGACAUAAAAGGGCAUGCACCCCUAUUUCAUUGUCUGUGGAGAGACAUAGUUCCUCAAGUCCUCAUGCAUUUAGAUGGACAAGGGCUGGUUAGGGAUAGUCAAGAUUGUUUUGUAUGUCAAGUCAAGUCAAGUCACAUUUAUUUACAUAGCACUUUUAAAAAACAACUCUCGUUGGCCAAAGUGCUUUACAUUUGUUAUAAGAAUAGCACCACAAAACAAACUACAUACAUAUAUACAUGUAGCCCUCACUCAGAGGAUGUCUGGAAAGGCUUGGGAGUAUAGAUAAGUCUUUAGUCUUGACUUAAAAGAGUCGAUGGGGGGGGAGGUUCUGAUGGGAAAGGGGAUGCUCUUCCACAGUCUAGGGGCUGCAACCGCAAAGGCGCGGUCGGUCAUGUCACACAUAUCUGAUUGAAUUUUUGAAGAUGAGACCAAAAAAAUUGAUGAAGGCAGAGCUGUAGACAUAUAUAUGGAUUUCAGCAAGGCAUUUGACAAGGUUCCGUAUGGAAGUUUAUAUUGUAUGGGAUCCAAGGAGAGAUAGCUGAAUGGAUAGAAAAUUGGCUUCAUGGAAUGAAGCCAGGGGUCAUGGUGGAAUGUUGCUUCUCAGAUUGGAGGCCUAAGUUUAAAGAUAUAUACUAGAAUGACUUUUACUUAAUGUUACAAUGUUCCAGUUCAAGUUCACAUUUAUUGUCACAUGCACCAAUUGAGGUAAAGUGAUAUUUGAGUUACCAUACAGCCAUACUAAGUGAAAAGAACCCAAUACACAAAUAAAAUAAAAUUUAACAUAAAUAUCCACCAUAGUGGAAUCAACAUUCGUCACUGUGAUGGAAGGCAAUAAAGUUCAGUCAUCUUCCUUUCGGGGUCGGGGCCUUGAACCCUCCGCAAUUGCCAUUGCUGAUGAUCCGAUGAUCAAGCCCUCUCGCCGAGAUGAUCUAAACUCCGGCGUUGGGAUGCCAUGGAAAAAUGCAUGGAGCAUUGAAUCAUAUUAGUACCAUUGCAAUUUGUGGCCAUUGUCUACAUGUCAAGAAUAGAUUCGUACCUAAUGAUUGGUGAGAUGUGAGAUCACUAUUACCUGUACUAAAGAUGAAGCUUUGAAAGCUUCUAUAACGAAUGCCCUGUUGGUUUUCUCUUCUGCAGGAUAACCCACACCUCGACCUACAUUUUCAAACCAUCUGCAGCUGCGAAGCUAGUAGCACUGCUGCCAAGUAUGCUUUUGUAAGAAGCUUACGAAAAGUGAAUAAAGUCUACCUGCAAAAGGAUAUUCAGUUUCUGAACUUCUGACAGCGAUUUUAUCCAAGAAAUGAAUUUCUUUGGUGUUCCGGAAGACACAAUGUUAGUGGUACAGCUGAAAUUGCCAACAUUACCAUUUAGCACAGUAUUAAAAAUUAUUUUUGCCAGAUUCACAAUAGACAAUAGACAAUAGGUGCAGGUGUAGGCCAUUUGGCCCUUCGAGCCAGCACCGCCAUUCAAUGUUUUCAUGGCUGAUCAUCCCCAAUCAGUACCCCGUUCCUGCCUUCUCCCCAUAUCCCCUGACUCUGCUAUUUUUAAGAGCCCUAUCUAGCUCUCUCUUGAAAGUAUCCAGAGAACCCGCCUCCACCGCACUAUGAGGCAGAGAAUUCCACAGACACACCACUCUCUGUGAGAAAAAGUGUUUCCUCGUCUCCGU